CACCACCCUCACCACCCUCUUGCUGCCUCCCACUCCCAUCGUCCCACGGGUGCAUUUCGCCGGCACAUCCGAUUGGGUUGCCUCUGAUCGCUGCGGCGUCUGCGCAGCAUUGUCAUUUGCCGGCCAAUCACCAGAUAUCAACUCGCUGCUCACGACAUCAGGGCUGCUGUCGAGGCUGCUGCUCUCGCCCUCAUCCUCCAGCAACAUCCCGCCACCAUGAGUGGCAUUACCGUCGUUUCGCUGUUUAUCUACCCCGUCAAGUCCUGCAAGGCCGUCCCGCUCCAGGAGGCCACGCUGAAUGAGUUUGGGUUUGAGUUUGACCGUUUCUGGAUGAUCGUCAAGGCUGACAACAGUCGAGAAAUGGUCACCCAGCGGACCGAGCCAACCCUGGCCCUGGUUGCUCCUCGGCUCGAGGUCAACCCCGGACCUGCAGAAGUGGGUGCAUAUCAGCGAGGUGGCCAGCUCAUCCUCUCAGCCCCCGGCAAGCCCGAAAUCUCGGUCCCGUUCCGAAAGUCCUUUGACGGCGUUGCCACUUUCAAGACCUCUGUCUGGAAGCCCGACAACGUGGAGUGUGUCGACGAAGGAGAUGACGUCGCCCAGUGGCUCUCGGAUUAUCUUGGAAAGCCCGUUCGCUUGGUCGUCAAGUACCCGCAUUCGGUCCGGCCCACAUCCCUGCGACACACUCCCGAGCCUUCUCACUUUGAGCACACCGUUCAGACGGCCUUCGCAGACGGAUACCCGCUACUGCUUUGCACGACGUCCUCGUUGGAGGCCCUGAACGUCCGGCUCAAGGAAAAGGAGCUCGAUCCCGUAACGAUCGUACGGUUCCGGCCCAACGUGGUGGUGCAGGGCCCUCCCGCCCACGACGAAGACGAGUGGAAACGCAUCGAAAUUGCAUCGCAUCCGUUCUUCGUAUCGAGCCGAUGCACACGCUGCAUUAUGCCCUCGAACGACCCCGAGACGGGCCGUCUGGGCAGCGAGCCCACCAAGACGUUGAUGGGUUAUCGACGAGUGGACCCAGGGGCCAAGUACGAAGCCUGUUUCGGAAUGAACUUGAUUCACGGCAAAACAGGCGUGGCUGUCCGGGUCGGUGACUCCCUCUUGGUCACCGAGCGAACGACACAGCACAACCGGGCAACGGGGUUGUGGCAGAAGGACCCAGUGGCCGAGAAGAAGGCGGCCGACAAGGCGAGAGGGCCGGCCAAGAAAAGGGACCACUCGGAGAACCCCCGGAAGCCCCGGAAGCGCUCGGCCAUGGACCUGAUUGCCAUCGGUGUCAGCGGCGCCGCUCUGGUGGCCGCCGUGGGUGUUGUUCUUGCCGUUGCUUUCGCCCGGGCCAAGUAGUAUGACGGGCUGUCCCGAUGGCCGAUGGAGCGCCUGAAUAUACUCAUUUUGUUUCGGCAAU